AUAAUAAUAAUAAUAAUUAAUAAACAAAACAAUCCAUUUUUUGCACAACAAAUCACAAGUGUCUCUCCGUGUUGUAUAUCCUAUAUAUAAAAUUAUAAAUACCCCCACACCAAUAUGAUCUAUCUUCAACAAUCUUAAUUAGAUAUUUACAGAUAUCUCCAAUGGCACUCCAGGCUACUACAUCUUCUUUCGCUGUCCACAAAGAGGCUUCUUUGAAAGACUCCACCCUAUUUGGAGUACCACUGUCAACUCAUCUUAAAGUCGACUUCACAUCAUCAAAGAACAGGAAGGAAUUCACCCAAAGGGGAGCACUCAAAACAAAAGCUGUAGCCACCACAACUCCAUCAGUCAACCAGGCAUCAACCGACGGCAAGAAAACCCUAAGAAAAGGUACAGUCGUCAUCACCGGAGCUUCCUCGGGUCUAGGUCUAGCCACAGCAAAAUCUCUAGCGGAAACUGGAAAAUGGCACGUGAUAAUGGCUUGCAGAGACUUUCUAAAAGCAGAAAGAGCUGCAAAAUCAUCUGGAAUGCCAAAAGAAAACUACACAGUCAUGCAUCUAGACCUCGCAUCACUCGACAGUGUCAAACAAUUUGUAGCAAACUUCAAACAAUCAGGUCAACCUCUGGAUGUAUUAGUCUGUAACGCAGCUGUUUACUUACCAACUGCAAAAGAACCCACUUACACAGCCGAUGGUUUCGAGCUAAGUGUUGGGACAAAUCACCUUGGUCACUUCCUUCUUGCACGCCUACUGCUCGACGAAAUGAAACAAUCAGAUUACCCUUCAAAAAGACUCAUAAUUGUUGGGUCAAUCACGGGUAACACCAACACUUUAGCUGGAAAUGUCCCCCCAAAGGCUAACUUAGGGGACAUGAGGGGUUUAGCAGGUGGUCUAAACGGGCUUAAUAGUUCUGCCAUGAUCGAUGGUGCUGAUUUCGACGGAGCAAAGGCGUAUAAAGACAGUAAGGUCUGUAACAUGCUGAUGAUGCAGGAAUUCCAUCGCCGAUUCCAUGAAGAAACCGGAAUCACAUUCGCUUCUUUGUAUCCCGGUUGUAUUGCCACAACGGGUUUAUUCCGGGAGCAUAUUCCGUUGUUCAGACUCCUAUUCCCUCCCUUCCAAAAGUACAUCACCAAAGGGUAUGUUUCCGAGGAUGAAUCCGGAAAGAGACUUGCUCAGGUUGUGAGUGAUCCAAGUUUGACAAAAUCGGGUGUUUACUGGAGUUGGAAUAACAACUCGGCUUCAUUUGAGAAUCAGUUGUCAGAAGAAGCUAGUGAUGUCACUAAAGCACGUAAAGUAUGGGAGAUUAGUGAGAAACUAGUUGGGUUAGCUUAACUUUGGUUAAAAUGUGAGCAUAGGUAAUGGUUUGAAUGAUAUUCCGUAAUAAAAUCACUAGCCAUUUAGAGGCUGUUUUUCUUCUGAUUAAUAAGCUUUAUGGAUUCAACACUUAACCUGUCAUAUAUUAAGAUACCACCCAACUUGUAAUGCAUACAGUCAUUCAACCACAUUACAUUUACACAUACAUACAUGACUUAAUGGAGAAAAAGAGUAUUUAUAUCUCAUAGGCAGGGAACCUAGCCAUGGAUGGAUCUACCAUGUCUAGAAAAAGAUAAGCUGCACCUCCGAUGCCUUAGAAUAGUGAAAAGGGUCGAUCACCUCCAUGCAUUGACCCUUGAGUUAUAAGGGUUUGACUUUUAUGAUAGAGGAAGGUGGCAAAAGCUUUGGCUCUGUAUAAGAACUUGAUGUCGCCUGUUAAGCGAUAAAGUGAAAGAAAAACAUACGCAUUGCCACUGAUUCCAUGACAGAUUCCAACUUUUUUAAGUAAACCGCGUUUCCAUACCACCUCUCCCGCAUCAGUUGCUGCCUUUAAAAACUCAUCACUUCCAAAAACCUAUGGCUGCUUUGGUGAGGGUAAGAGCCAUCCCAGUAGCACCAAGGCACCAAUCAAUGAAGUGGUCUGAAUUACUACCUUCACUUGAUCGAUAGUUUCCAUUAGGAAAACGGUUGUUAAUCAUGUAAAUAAGUGUACUCUUAACAUCUUUCAAUUCAUCUUCAGUCAACUCCAUGUCCAUUAAGACAUUCAUUAUCCCCGCUAACCCAUGAGCAGCUCCCCAAUACCUUUUUCCAUACCACUCAUACAUUAAUGGACAUUCACUAGUAGACAUAUUUCUACCAGCCUUGAUAAUUUCAUCUUUGAUUUCUCUCUGCAAACGUAAUAAAAAUCAAAUGUUUUUGUAAAAAUAAUUUAAAGAUGACAAUCAUAAAGCUUUACCAUGUGGGUAUAGGAUAUAAUGUUUUCACCAAGAUUCUUGUUAAUGAACAGACAUGCCCAUAAGUAACCUGUUCUACCAAAAAAUAGUUCAUUUGGAAGAUCUUUAGGAAGCUUUAUCUAUAACCAAAAACAAAAUCCAAUUGGCCAAAUAAACAAAACAAGAUCAUCACAUGAAAAACUACUACCUUUUUAAAUCUUGUCAGAUAGUGAUUAAACAAUUGAUCAUCGUUGCUUUGUUUGGCCACGACGACACCAAGAGCAGAUACACCGACCUGACCACAGAUGAAUGUCACAGGGCUGCGACUGCAAAAAACUAUCGAAUUUUAUAUCACUGGUUUAAUAACAAUCGUCUUGCUGAAAAACAGAUAUGGAAACAGAGAAGAAGGUUAACCUAAAGCCAAAAGAGGCAGAAUCGCAAGCUUUAAGAAUAUCUCUACAUAAAUCAAGAUCUUUCUUGUUGUGUAAGCCUUGAAAACGAUCGAAGCUGUGCCUAGCGCACCUGUGUACAGCGUGUAAUCGGUUAAACGUUUCCCGGUGUUUCCCCAAGUCUCCGACACAAUCUAUAAUUGGGAACAUGUGUCAAUCAAAAAUCAACACAAGGAAGAAAGGGAGAAAACAGAAAUGAAGGGAAUAAAGAAGUAGAAAAUACAGUGCGUUUGAGGUCGAAGGCUGCUCGUUUGAGUUGAUCGGAAAAUAGGUUGUAGGGAAGAGAUAGAGUCUUUGUUAGGGGAUUUGUGGUGGUUUCAGGUGGCGGUGGUUCUUCUUCUUUGAUGAAUUCCGGCAUUUCAUUUGGAUAGAAACGAUCCGGCAUUUUGGGUUUACUUUGCUCUGAUUCUUGGAGGCUAAAGUAGAAGCCACAAAGGUUUAUUUAGGGAAAAUGCUUUCGAGCUAAAUUCCUUAUAGAUUUAUGUGUUUUGGAAAAAGGGAAUCGAAUAAUCAAACUGAUACAAUGGUUGUCUGUUGUAAAAAUAAUCAGUUUUUGUUUUUUUUUUUUUUAAUAAAAUGAUC